AUGGAACCAAUGAAUCCAGAUCAAUUUGACUAUAUUAUUCCAUAUAAACAAUAUUGCGACUAUCUACGAUAUACCCACCCUUCCAAACGUUUUGAUGAUUCUAGCCUUCGACGAAGAUACGAUGAAUAUAAAGAAAGUUUCCAAGCAAAGCAAUUGGCCAAUUUCUUCGACACCAACAAGGAUAAACAAUGGUUUUUGGAAAAGUAUCAUCCUGUUUUAUCGAUACCUCGCAAACAAGAACUUAAACAACGCCGAUUACGAUACUUUAAUCAAUUUAUGGAUGAUUUAAAUCGUGGAUUAUUAGAUAAUGUAGAAUUGGAUGAAGGGAAAACUUAUACUAUCAAUAACAAAGCAAAAAAGCAAUCACAACAAAUGGAAGGUGAUGAUGAUCAAAAUACCAAUGAAGAUAACCAAGAUAUAUAUGAAAAUCGAUUAGUGAUCAAGACUGUUCUUCCUACUAUCUCUCGCGAAAACAUCUUAAAGUUGUGUGAAACAGUGGAUGGAUUUGAUUAUUUAGCAUUAUCGGAGCCUGGACCCAAUCGACGAUUUCAUCGUAUUGGAUGGAUUAAUUUUAAGGAAGGAACAGAUAUGCAACAAGCAUUUGAUCAAUUAGAUAACAAAACGGUGGAUGAUUUUGUAUUCCAUUUGGCAAUGAAUCGAAAAAAUCAGGAACCUCUACCUCGAACACCCAGAUUGGCAUUGGAAAUUAGCAAUACAGAAGAACGAUUGAAGCAUGAUAUGGAACAGUCUUAUACUCUGGCAAAAGCAAUGGAUACAUUUUUGGAUGUCAAAGGAGCAAAACAGGUGGUGGAACGUGCCAACGAAAUUGGUGACAUUACAGAUCUAGAAUCAGAAAUGAUCAGCAAACAAGAUGACAAUGAUAAUGAUGAUGAUAUUGACCAUAAAUCAUCAUCCAUGAUAUAUAUCAAAAAGAAAUUGGAUCUUAUGAUUACGUAUCUUCGUCGUGUACACAUGAUGUGUUACUACUGUGGAUUGGAAUGUGACUCUAUAGAAGAUCUGGACCGAAAAUGUAUGGAACCUCACUGCCGGAAAAUAAUUGACAAGUCUACUCAAGGUGUAUCUUCAAGUGGUAGUGAAAAAGGAGGUAUUGCUUGGGCUAAAAACCUGGAUUCAAAACUCGCUUUGAAGUUUGAAAAACCUCGACAGCGAACAUUAGAGAGGAUGGGUGGCAAACUUUUAGAUGAUGAGCUUGAUAAGUUUUAUGAUGAUCAUAUCCAGAGGGAACAUUCUUCAAAAUAUCGGUGCAAGGUGGAUGAUUGCAACAAGGCUUUUAGAGGAAUUGAGUUUGCGGAAAAACAUAUCACGUCCAAGCAUCCAGAACAUAUCAAUCGCAUUAAAGAACAAACGACUUUUUACAACAACUAUAUCUGCGAUCCCAAUCAUUUGACACCGCAAACGAAUCAUGUUAGGAACAAUACAAACCUUAUGAACAACGUGAUCGGAACAAUGACAAUGACAUCAACCAAUUUGGGUGGAUCUCCUGUACCAAUGGUGCGAUCAGCAACCUCCUUAUUGGAUAGUAUGAUGCCAAGAGAUCCACGACAAGUGACUUCCUAUGUAGAUUUGGAUGCUCCUGCUCAAGGUGACAAUAAUGGGCCUGUGUUUUAUUGA